AUCCGCGCACGCGCCAACUACGUCAGGAUUCCCGUGACGUCACGAGUCUAUUUUUUACUAUUUUUUGCUAAUUUCUCCUAAAAUAAUAAGCCAAAAUCAAAAAAUAUAUUCCUAAACUACUAAUACGAAUUUAUUUUUAUUAUAAAAACUUAAAAAUUUCGCAAAUCUAGUCAAAAUACUUUAAGUUAUUAUAACCGACCAGCAGACAUUAUUCAAUUGCCGCGGACGCCAUUGUGAUCCCUAACGACUUCAGAACAUCGGCAAAGUAUUUCGCAAAUUUUUGUGCCAUCGGAGCUUUUUAGGCGUUUCUUUUGAACAAAUAGAACAAAAAGCCCAACAAAACUAUGGCAGCAGAACAAGAAAUGCCCACAUUUAAAUGUGUUUUGGUAGGAGACGGUGGUACAGGGAAGACUACGUUUGUGAAAAGGCACUUGACUGGUGAAUUCGAGAAAAAAUAUGUAGCAACUUUGGGAGUCGAAGUCCAUCCAUUGGUUUUCCAUACGAACAGGGGGCCUAUUAGAUUUAAUGUAUGGGAUACAGCGGGUCAAGAGAAAUUCGGAGGUCUCCGUGACGGAUACUACAUCCAGGGACAGUGUGCUAUUGUUAUGUUCGAUGUUACAUCUCGUGUAACCUACAAGAAUGUACCGAAUUGGCAUAGAGAUUUAGUUAGAGUUUGUGAAAACAUUCCUAUCGUAUUGUGUGGAAACAAAGUAGAUAUUAAGGAUAGAAAAGUCAAAGCCAAGAGCAUUGUAUUUCACAGAAAGAAGAAUUUACAGUAUUAUGAUAUUUCUGCCAAAUCAAACUAUAACUUCGAAAAACCUUUCCUAUGGUUGGCAAGAAAACUGAUUGGUGAUCCUAAUCUUGAAUUCGUGGCCAUGCCUGCUUUGGUGCCCCCAGAAAUCCAGAUGGAUCCCCAUUGGCAGCAACAAAUCGAGAAGGAUCUUAAAGAUGCUCAGGACACUGCCUUGCCUGAAGACGAUGAAGAUCUAUAAAAUGGAGGAACCCCACAACAAAAAUUAUUGUUUACCCCUAUUUUUAUAUGUGGAAAUUUUUAUAAAAGACUUAAAUAAUUUAAACAAGAAAGGAUAAUAAUAAUAAUUAUCUGUUAACAUUGUCUUUAAUUUUUUUUAUUUAAAACUAAUUGAAAAUGUUCAAGUUUGAGUGUGAUCUCUUGUUGAAGGUGUAAAUAAGUUAUGAAAAUGAUGUUUUUUGCCUUUUUUUUGUAAUAAUUCUGUGUAUGGAUGGAAUAUUAUACAUGAUAACAAUA